AUGAAGUAUACGAACAAAACAUUCCACAACGACAAGCUAACUGUCACAAGCUGUGAACUCUUGAAGAAAAGUGAGAACACUGUAGGUGGUACAAUUUUGGGCAAAUAUCGACUGGUCACAAUACAAACUUGGGCAAAUUCGCAAGAAACCGCACACGUGGAUCUUCGCACCACUUUCCUGCAGGAACAGAAUGGACCCGAAGACGGGUGCAAGUUCAACGGAUAUUGGGCACCUGUUCAGUUGUAUACGAACAAAACAUUCCACAACGACAAGCUAACUGUCACAAGCUGUGAACUCUUGAAGAAAAGUGAGAACACUGUAGGUGGUACAAUUUUGGGCAAAUAUCGACUGGUCACAAUACAAACUUGGGCAAAUUCGCAAGAAACCGCACACGUGGAUCUUCGCACCACUUUCCUGCAGGAACAGAAUGGACCCGAAGACGGGUGCAAGUUCAACGGAUAUUGGGCACCUGUUCAGUUGGUGUUUACAAGAUUUGCUUCUAAACAAUCCACUCUGUGCGGAGGCAUCUGUAUGGUAGCCUUGAGUCCUACCGAGUGGUGUAUCCGCCUGUUCAAGAGACCGUUAACAUUCUUCAGACGAUUGUUCGUCACAAUGUUUUAG